AUGAUCCCGCACCCAGGCACCUCCACGAGUCUCUUCACUCUGCUGCCCUUUCCCCAACCUACUCAUGGCCCCGCACCCCAGCCACCCUGGGGGCAGCCCCCUCCACCCCUCCUGAAUGCAGCAUUCCCUCCAGGCAGCCGCCUCAUACUACCUGCUGCUAUCCCCAGGAUGCCCACGGUGGCAGGAGAUGGUGGCUGCGGCCCAAAUGGGGCUGGGAACGUUCACAUCAUAUUCCAGUUCAGGACAGGAGGGCAGCCGGUGCAGCCCCCCUACUCUCAGACCUUGGUCUACAACCAAACCUGUAUCAGCCUGAAUGCCCCAGGAGGCCUCUGUGGGCCAGGGCAGAACCCUGCUUCCAUAGCGGUGCCUGUGUCUUCCCUGCAGGCAACAGUGCCUGCACCUACCAUGGUGGGAACCCAGGCCAGUCAGGGGCGCUGGCCUCCGGGCCGCCCUCCUUCAGCUCCACCACCAGCUGCCCAGCUGGCCCCGAUGGUCUUCCCAGUGAACAACGGGCCACCAUCACAAGGGGCUGACAGGGAGCACAUCCUGCCUACUCCCAAGGCCCAAGCCUCACCAGACGACCCCUGCAACUCCACCAGCGUCUACGAGAACUUCCGACGCUGGCAGCACUUCAAGGCCCUGGCCCGGAGGCUCCUUCCCCAGAGCCCUGACACAGAAGCUCUGUCCUGCUUCCUCAUCCCUGUGCUGCGGACCCUGGCCCAGAGGAGGCCCACCAUGCCGCUGGAGGAGGGCCUGCAGUUUGCCUUGCAUGAAUGGCAGCACAAGAGCAACUUCGACCGCAUGAUCUUCUACGAGAUGGCAGAAAAGUUCAUGGAGUUUGAGGAAGAGGAGGAGAUGCAGAUUCAGAAGCUGGGGUGGAUGAAGGGGAAAUCAUGCCAGCCCCCACCGGUCUCACCACCGCUGCUUCCUCAAGGGCCCCCAGCCCCUGUGGCUGUCCAGCAGCCAGGGUGUGCCCCCAGGAUGGCCAACUCCAAGGCCCUGCCUGCCUGUCCAGUGCCACCCAGACACCAGGGGCCUCAGGACAAGACACCCAAGGAGAUCCCACCAGAAGCCGUGAAGGAGUACAUGGAAAUCAUGGACACGUUGCUGGGGCCAACACCCUUGUCCUGGGAGCCUCCCGAUGGCCACCCAGAAGAGGACAGAGAUGAAGGUUUCCUGGAGAGUGAGGGGUCAUACCCGGACCCGGAAAUGCUGUCCUACAUUGACCAUCUAUGCUCCCAAGUGGAUUUUGUCACCAAGGCGGAGGCCAUCGUUCACCCCAGAUUCCUGGAAGAGCUGCUUUCCCCAGAUCCACAGCUGGACCUCACGGCCCUGUCCAAGGAGCUGGAGAAGGAGGAAGGGCUGACUGCUGGCCAGGUGACGGCGAAGCACUUCUCCUUGAAAGAGGAUGGGGCCAUGGGGGCCACCCCCAGUCGUGGUGUGCCCCUACUGAACCCCAGCAAUUCUGAAUCUGGACCCCAACAAAGUGCAGAGAGUGACCACCAGGGCCCCCGCCUUGGGGCCAGAGCUGAGUGCUUCUCCGGGUCGAUGUCUUCCCAAGACCUGCAGAGACAUGCUGUCCCAGACACCCCCCUGUGCAGGCCUGGGGUUAAUGCUGUGUUUAGUGGACAUCGGGAGUGUCCCUCACUGGGGGCCACCGAAGAUGCCAGGAGUUUCAGAGGAGAACCCUCUGUUGGGGGCCCGCACACACCAUUGGACAUCUCCAGUGAGAAUGAGGAGGAACUUCCCAGUCUCUCCUUCCUCCUGGCCUCCCAGCACCACCUGCUGCCCUUGGGCUUUGGGCAGAGCGAGGCCUCUGCCACAGACCUCCCCUGCCUUGGAGCUGGGAAUUCUUGCAGUGCACCAAAACCACUGUCUACCCACGGAAGGGAUCCUAGGGGUCCCCUCCCACAUGCUGCAAAGUCCAGGAAGCAAGCUCUCCAGGGAGGCCUGGACCCUGCAAAAAAGAAGCCCUGCCCAGUGCCUUACCUCAGGGCUUCUGGAGGGCAGGCCCAGGCUCUGGGCUCUGUGGGAAACUCCCAGGCUCAGAAGAGGAAAUGUGACCACUUGGUCACCAGGAGGAGGAAGAAGCAUCAUUCAGCCCACUAG